CGAAGUAAAGAACCAAAAUGAAUCGUCAGCACCAGUCUCGGAACAAGGAGAAGGAUUUUGCCCCUAAUCCAAGACAUUUAAGAAAUGAAAGAGAACGUGAAUCAGAUACAACAUUGUCUGUACAACACCAAAAUUUUAAUGGAAAUUUCCCUACAUUUGAGAUGCCAAAAGCUGUAGGUACAUUCUCUUUGGAUAUCCAUAGAAAAUAUCAUAGUGACUUCUCAGAGCUUCGAUAUCUUACCUUUGACAUACCUGAAUCUGGCAGCUGUAAGGUGAAAUUUGAUUUGAGAAAAGGCAUAUCUGAUGCUAUUGACAAGGAUCAGGAAUCAAUAAAGCAGAAAAUGCUUGAUGAUAUGCUCAUAUGGAUUCUCCAAGAAAGAAAAGUUGAUAAUGGAUCAAUUGUUGAUCUUCAGCAACCAUUAAGGCCUUUGCUUACAGAGUUUGUUUGCUUUCGUGGACUACUUACAGCACUUAUUUUUACUCCAUAUGAAAAUCAAGAAGGUUGGAAAAUACUCGCUACAAAAUUUCAAAAUACUAUCUAUCUUUGGCAAAUUAAAGAGCAAAGAGAAAAUGGCAAUAAUUUUAGUAGAAAUCCAAGAAAUGCUAAGAGAAUGCAAGAAAUGACAAUGUGGGGGUUUAAGUUUGAGCAAUACCUAUGUUCUGCUACUCCAGAUUCAAUUCCAGACCCCCGACAAUCUCUCAACACCAACGCCGAAUUUUGUUGCGUACUUAAAACAAAAUUAGCUGGCAAAUCUUUACUUUAUGGCGCUGAAGUCGAUGCAUUACAAAAAGAAUGUCAACCACCUUUUAGAAAUCUCGAAAAUUUUGUUGAACUCAAAACAAAUCGACACAUUGAAACUGAAAGGCAGAAUGAUAGUUUCCUAAAGUUCAAAUCAAUGAAAUGGUGGGCACAGUCUUUUAUUGUUGGCAUUCCAAAGAUCGUCGUCGGCUAUCGAGAUGAUGACGGAGUAGUGUCUCGCCUAAAAACCAUCGAAGUCAAGCAACUACCAAAAGAAUCCCAAGGUUUCUGGGAGGCAAAAGUUGGUAUGAAUUUUUGUCAAGGUUUCCUGGAAUUUGCAAGGAAUUGCAUAUCAAACGAUUCCGAUUCAAAUAUCCAAUAUUUAUUUGAAUUCAAUCCGAGGAAAAGGACCGUCUCUUUUUGCAGGGAAGCUGGUGAAGCCUGUAGGAAUUUACUACCUUCGUGGUACGUGGAGUCCAUGCAGGAACCGGUUUAACAUCGUGGUUGGUGUUUUUCCAUUUUUUCUUUCUUGCUAAUAAUUACGUUUUCGGGAUUAUACCUGUUUCGAAUAAUCAUAUGAAAAGCGAGAAACUAAAUUGAUGAUUUCUUGUUUCUGUUUUACGACUUAUCGAUUAAAUACUAUUAAGAACAGGGUUAUUAGGAAAGUUGCGUUAAGGAACUUUUACGCUAAAACUCAUAUACAUAACAAUGACAUAUGGCAAAUAAUUUCAACGACUUUUACCGUAAAUAAGAAUUUUGGGUGUUGCUUACUAGUGUAAAUAUACUAGUGUGGGGCCAAAACCGGAUAUCUUCCACACUAUUUCACGCUAGCAAGGUUUUUAAAAUCUAGGUAAGCAUGCUGCGCUGGGUGUUGCCAAUAUCGCUCCAAAAUCGGAUAUCGCGCAUAUUAUUUACAUAUUGCAUUUGUGUCACAAAUAGGACACAUGUAUGGCGCAACAAAUUGUUUUGUUAUUGGCACUUCCAUGGGCGCCAAUCCCUUUUAGAGCCUUAGCACCAUUCCCUCGUAAGGUGACCCUAAAAUUUAACUAUUGAUGGCCGUACCUUUUUCUGUAAAGAGCAUUUUGGUUUCUGUGCGUAUUUUGCAGCUCUUAUUUUGGUAUCAGGCAUUAUAUUUACCGAUUUCUUAUUUUCCUUUGCCGAGUAUUUGUGUCCAGAUCCGUCCAUUAUUGGACUUCCAUUUUACCCUUUUUGCCAAUGCAAAAUGCGCUGUCUCAUCAUUAUAAUUCCGAGUAGUCGUCCAGUUGGAAAAGAAUGAAAGGAAGUCUCGCUUCCUUUUUAUUUAUGGACGGUUGUUUUUUGAAGGCCGCGGAGGAGAAAUCUUAAAACUUCAGUCAAGAAAUUAUGCAACAUCUAUGCAAGCCCGAUUUCGCCAUUCAAUUGACGGCGCCGAGUUGUUUACUCAAGACGCAAUAUAAUCUUUUAGCGUCAUGCGUUGACAUUAAUACCAAGAAAGAGAUGUAGGUUACUGUAUUUGUCGUUCAAAUAUAGAAAUUGUAUUAUAUAGUGCUCUGUACAUAGUAAAAAAAUGUGCUUAAGAAUAAUAGAGGAGAGCUUUUGGCUUGCAGUGGCGAUCUACGUGAGGAAAUCUACGGACGAUAUAUCAUUUGAGAUAGAAGGUUGAGUGCAAUUU